GGAGGAGGAGGAUGUGGCGCGCGGACGGGAAAUGGCUGCCGAAAACAAGCCGGAAGAUGAACAUGGACAUUUGAAAAUCUACCUGCCUAAGAAGCUGCUCGAAUGUCUGCCCAAAUGCUCCUCCCUGCCCAAGGAGAGACAUCGGUGGAACACCAAUGAGGAAAUCGCUGCUUACUUGAUAUCAUUUGAAAAGCAUGAAGAGUGGCUAACGACAUCCCCUAAAACCAGGCCACAAAAUGGGUCUAUGAUCCUGUACAACAGGAAGAAAGUAAAGUACAGGAAAGACGGCUACUGCUGGAAGAAGAGGAAAGAUGGCAAGACCACGCGGGAGGAUCACAUGAAGCUCAAAGUACAGGGAGUCGAGUGUCUGUACGGGUGUUACGUCCACUCCUCUAUAAUCCCCACCUUCCACCGCAGGUGUUACUGGCUGCUACAGAACCCAGACAUCGUUCUGGUCCACUACCUUAACGUCCCGGCCAUAGAGGACUGUGGGAAGCCAUGCGGGCCAAUCCUGUGCUCCAUCAACACAGACAAGAAGGAGUGGGCCAAAUGGACCAAGGAGGAGCUCAUCAGCCAGCUCAAGCCCAUGUUUCAUGGCAUCAAGUGGACUUGCAGCAACGGGAACAGCAGCACCGGCUUCUCGGCUGAGCAGCUGGUGCAGCAGAUCCUGGACAGCCACCAGACCAAGCCACCUCCCCGGACUCACAACUGCCUCUGCACUGGGACACUGGGUGCUGGUAGCAGUCUGCACCACAAGUGUAACAGUGCCAAACACCGCAUCAUCUCCCCGAAGGUGGACCCACGCUCUGGAGGUGCUUACAGCAGUACUCACUCUGAAGUCCAGAACAGUGAUGUGUCUGAGGGCAAGACCGAGCACACCCAUGGAGCAGGCAAAAACGGCAGGGCGACAGGCGACACGCCAGGUGGAUCGACAGUACGAGAAAAGAGGAACAGCAAAGGACAGAAACCGGCUCUACUUCAUCAGAAUAGUAUGGAGGUGUCCUCCAGCAAUCAGGUUGAGGUACCAGACACCACCCAGAGCUCUCCUGUCUCCAUCAGCAGUGGGCUAAACUCUGACCCAGAUAUGGCAGACAGCCCAGUAGUGACGGGGAUGAGUCACGUGGCCUCCGUCAUGAACAGCCUCUCGCAGUCCGCCACGGUCUUCAUGUCAGAAGUCACCGGUGAUCCUGUCUACAGCAUGUCUCCCACUGGAGAUCCCAAUGCUCAUCUCCUAGGCCCGGACACAGCCUCAAGCAGCUUGGUGCUGGCAGUUGCUGCUGACAGUCACAAAUUUGCUUUUCCUGGGUCUGUGGGUGUGGGUUUAGGAGAUGUAGGUUCUACAGAGAGGUUGGCUAUGCUUUCUGCAGCUAGCAUGUCAGAAGAGCUUGUCCUCUCGAGCAACCUUGAGUCUGGGAGCAUCAAGCUGCCCGAAACUACCAUGAACUUUGAUCCGGACUGCUUUCUCAACAACCCCAAACAGGGCCAGACAUAUGGAGGAAAUGGGCUGAAGGCAGAGGUCAGCAAUGCCAGCAGUUGCAGCAACGGAGGAGUCUGCUGUUCACCUCCUCUCACCGACAACGGUUAUGGCUUCAAUGCCGCACUGGUCAAGAAUAUAAAGACAGAGGACACGUCAUUUGAGCAACAGUUGGCCAAAGAAGGUGGAUACCAAGUCGGAGAGGUGGUCAGUGGUACAGCUAGCCUGUCCAGCUCCUCUGGCAGUGGCUCUACCCAAAGUUCCCUAGCUCUAACCCCAACUAGCUCAUUGCUCCCAUCAGGGGGUGGUCUGAGCCCUAGCACCACACUGGAGCAGAUGGAUUUCAGCGCCAUUGAUGCCAAGCAGGACUUUUCUUCAACCAUGAUGUCUGCCACAAGCUAUGGUCAAGCUAUACCCAGUCCUCAGUUGGCUCACCAGAGCCACUCUCCCAGCUUCUUCCUUCAGAGCUCACCGCAGUCCACUCAGACACAAACCCACCAGAACACUAGCACUUCUGCUCAGAACUCGCAUGACUCCUCUGCUUUUAUGGGUUUGUCUGUAGUCAAAACAGAUUCAACAGGCACCAAUGGGCAUCACCAUCACCACCACCACCAUUCCCAUCAAGGCCAGCACACUGCGUCCAACUGCAAUGGCAGCUCUCCAACUGAGAGAAAUGGGCAAGGUGGCACUCUGCAACUUCUGCAGUACCAAAACCACUUCACAGGUGCCAGCAAAGAACAUGAGGAGGUUGGAAGUCUAGAACAACCAACCAACUCAGAAGGACAGGAUACAGGCGGGCAAGAAAAGCAGACAGAAGACUUGCUGAAGGCAGGGGAUCACCUGCAACACUGUGUAGGAAAUGGCUCGGACGGCAGUGGAGCUUCAGAGCACUACCUCCAACAACCAGAAAGCACCAACUUGGGAGCAGGAGGAGCUGGAAGAACAGGAACAGGUACUAAUAGUGGAACACUGUGUAACGGCACCGACGGCAACAGAACAACUGGCAGUCCACAUCAGCAGCUUCAGCCUCUCCUACAGGGAGCAGGGCUUGUCCAGGGGCUGUUUAACAACAUAGCAGCCCAUCAGGCUCUAGCCACAAGUGGAGCUAAUGGAGGAGGAACCAUGGAGAUUAGCCUAGACCACUUUGAUGUUUCUUUUGGAAAUCAGUUUUCAGACCUCAUCAACGAUUUCAUUUCAGUAGAAGGAGGAAAUAGCGCAGCAAUCGGAGGACAAACGGGCAACACACUCUACAGCCAUCAGAUAAUGGCUCACUCAGGCACAGAAAGGCAAGUGUCAUCUGGAGGAAACACUCAACAGGUCAGUGAAGAAGGACCCACCCAUGGAGCUACAGGAUACAACUCUGCAGAACUCUGCCUCCAGCCCUGUUGCAGCCCACAGUCAGCCCAGCCCGGGGCUCUGGGAACAGACACCGGGCAGUUAGCAUACAUGCAAGUAGAGGAGGUAGUGUCUGCAGCUGUGGCUCAUGGGACCAUGGGGAUGCUUCAGAACACAGGGAGACUGUUUGUAGUGACAGACUACUCACCAGAGUGGUCUUACCCAGAGGGUGGAGUGAAGGUUUUAAUCACAGGACCAUGGCAAGAGGCCAGCAGUGACUACACUUGUCUGUUUGAUCAGAUCACGGUUCCUGCUUCGCUAAUUCAGCCUGGAGUGUUGCGAUGUUACUGCCCAGCUCACGACACAGGCCUGGUGACCCUUCAGGUGGCAGCCAGCAGCCAGAUCAUCUCCAACUCGGUGGUGUUUGAAUAUAAAGCUCGCGCUCUCCCUGCCCUGCCCACCUCUCAGCACGACUGGCUCUCUCUGGACGACAACCAAUUCAGAAUGUCGAUCCUGGAGCGUCUGGAGCAGAUGGAGCGCAGGAUGGCCGAGAUGUCCGGCCAGCAGCAGCAACAAGGCAGCGGAGGAACGUCUGAAAGUGGAGCAACAGGAGGAGGAGGAGGAGGAGGAGAAGGACGAGGCAAUGCCGACCAAACACAGCUCUCCCCGGGUCAGAGUCAGAGUCAGGGCCAAGCUGGAAGCUCCUUUGAGAGUCGUGUGGUUGUGGUGUGCGAAAAGAUGAUGAACCGGGCCUGCUGGGCCAAAUCCAAGCACUUAAUCCACUCUAAAACUUUCCGGGGUAUGACCCUGCUCCACCUGGCAGCUGCACAGGGUUACGCCAACCUCAUCCAGACCCUCAUCAAGUGGCGCACUAAGCAUGCAGACAGCAUCGACCUGGAGUUAGAGGUGGACCCUUUGAAUGUCGAUCACUUCUCCUGCACACCGCUGAUGUGGGCUUGUGCUUUGGGUCACAUGGAGGCAGCUGUGGUUUUGUAUAAGUGGGACCGGCGUGCCCUGGCUAUCCCCGAUUCUCUCGGGCGCUUACCGCUGGCCACAGCCCGGUCCAGGGGCCACACCAAGCUGGCGGAGUGUCUGGAAAAUCUUCAGAGAGAAGAACAGCAGCAGCAGACUCCCGCUGCCAACAUGUCUUUCUCCUCAUCUGCAGAAAGCUCCACAACGGAGGGCUGGAUGAAUGUUUGGGGAAGUGAGACUGCUUCUGGAAUAAGAGCGAGCAACGUCGCUAACUCUGCUCCGAGCUCCAACCAAGAUUUGAGGAGACCCCGAUCCGAAUCUUCGAUUUUCUACAACAGUGAAGGUCAAAGCGAUGCUCCAUUAACCAAGAAACACAAGCCCAAUCCUGAGAUCCACCAAGCAAGGCCAAGCAAGCCCGGUGCUACCCCUGCGGCUUUAGAAGAGCAGGUCCACAAGACUAAAACGUGCCCUACUAAAGCAGCCAGAGCAGGUACCAUGGACAAAGAGUCAGGAAAAGGAGACAAGGCUCAGACAAAGCUGGGCUCAGCUUGCGGAGGCGGGCGAUGGAGCGGCAGACAGGCAGCAGGACGCAGAGGGCCGAUUGGAGGACUUGCUAAAGAAAGGCUAGCAAACAGGCUGAGGUUACGAGAAGCAUCCGGGGCAGGAUCAGUCUCCGAGCUUCUGGUGGGCCAAGAGGAUCUGGAGAACACAGGGGACCUACAGUUGAAUAUGAUGACUCUGGCCGAGCACAUCAUCGAAGCAACACCCGAUCGCAUCAAGAGUGAAAACUUCGAGGCCACAGAGUCAGCGCCUCUGGAUAGUGUUGAGGUCAACAGCACUAUGAGCUGGUUAGCUACUUACCUUGGAGAUGCAGAAAGGUUCUUAUACAGCAAGCCGCUGGCCUGCUCCACAGGACUGGCCGUCGGCCACACCGGCAACCACCCGGAAUCUGAAGGCCCUUUCGGGAAACUCGGACUUCCGUCUCCAGCAGACUGGAACGCGUUCCUUAACGUCUCUCACAGCAAAAAGGAGCGUGAUUUAACCCAGCUGGCCCUGUCCGACCACGAGCAGAGAGAGCUGUACGAGGCAGCACGCCAAGUACAGAGCACCUUCCGCAAGUAUAAGGGGCGUCCACUCAGAGAGCAGCAGGAACUGGCAGCUGCUGUUAUUCAGCGCUGUUAUAAAAAGUACAAGCAGCUGACAUGGAUAGCCUUGAAGUAUGCACUUUAUAAGAAGAUGACGCUGGCCGCCAUCCUAAUCCAGAGUAAAUUUCGCAGCUACUAUGAGCAAAAGAAGUUCCAGCAAAGUCGUCGGGCAGCCAUGCUAAUCCAGCAAUACUACCGCAGCUACAAGGAGCUGGGCCGACCCAACCCGCACUCUCACGCCGCCGCAGCUGCAGCCCUAGUGCAGCACAAACUCAGAAGCGGUCUGCUCACCAAGAGGCAGGACCAAGCCGCCAGAAAAAUAAUGCGAUUUCUAAUCCGAUGUCGCCACAGGGCGAGAGAACUGAAAAAGGCCAAGGAACAUGAGAGCUCGCCAAAGAGCCCCGUCACAAUGUAACGUCCACCUCCAGUCCAGACUGUUCCCCUUUUUCCUCUUUCUGUUUUUACACGAAUACGAACAAUUUACCAAAAGGCAAAAACUAUUCAAGAAAAAAAACAGAAGCAAGAAAAUAUUAAAAAAAAAAAAAAAACCAUGUGAACGUGUGAUGGUUACAUCAUUACCGAUUCUGUCGACCCUGGUACUGCCACAGCGUUGUGUAUUUUUUUUCCUCUCCAUCCGGGAACGUGGGGAGUUCUGUGUAAAACAAAAGACUUUAUCUGGGAAAUAAUGACAUCCUCAUGCCAUUUUUUUGCACUCUUCAUAUAUUUUUUUUUUAAAUCGAGGAACGAUUAAAGCCGUGGAGCUAAAGGCUUUUUGUUUCCCUGACAGCACUUGUAAGAUAAGAAAGACGACAAGAUUACGUGUAAGAAACACGUCGCGUUAAUGUAAUCAUGCUGGAUCCUGCUUAUGAUUAUUACAUUUUUAUAUUUUGGACGAAAGGAGGGGAAAAAGCAACCGAUUAGAACAAAAAAAAUGAACAUAAAAGACAAAAGCAAACCAAAAAAAAAAAAUAAAAAAAAUGGUCUCAUCUCAUCGAUCACGUGCAUGCAGAGUUUUCCGUCAGCUCGGUGUGUAUCGGCUCUUUGUUUAUCACAGGUCCGUCCUUUCAUCCGGCGAACGAGGGAUGGGCUGCACAUGAAUGUAGACCGGGUUUAGGUUUUAAAAGAAAAAAAUAAUAAUUCUGGGUUUGAAAUAUCAGUGUCUUACUCUUUGUGGUUUUGGAGUAAGUCACGAUUUGGGACAGAGCCGAAUCUCUGUUGGGUAACUGUUUGUGUGCACUGUUUUUUGACUUUCUAAACUAGUCCUUUUCUUAACGUCACCUUUCGCUGGCCUGACUUUGUGAGUCCCGUGUUUGCUGAAUUUUAAACAGGAAAUAGUGCAUGUGUUUGAGCCUCAGCGCUCCUGCAUGCUGACAGAACUGUUUUGUGGGGUUUAUUGUGUUUAAAAAACCUCAGCGUUGUUUCUCCGUCCUGUCAAACAAAAUGUCUUUUCUUUGACAUUUCUUUUUUUUUUAAUUAUUAUGUUCGUUUUGUUUUACCUCAUUUGACUUGUUCUUUUACACACACGUCCUUCUGCUUCCUAUAUAUUUUUUAACUGAAUUUAUUACUUAUGUUGUAUAGUUGUCUCAUUGUGCCACAGAAACACUAUUUUUGCUGUGUGUGUGUGUGUGUGUGUGUGUGUGUGUGUGUGUGGGUUUGCUUUAUCGCUGUCCGUUGCAGCCGGUUGUUAAAACGCUUUUCGUUUCGAAGAUUCCUGUAACACUGACGUCUUAAAGACUUUUUAAAGGGUCCCUAUAAACAACCUCCAUAUUUUUGACUAAAGCGUGGUCCCUGUACAUAACAAAGACGAGAGAAAUGGUACACGGAGAGCCAGAACCCUUACCACAAGAGGAUUGUAUUUAAUAAUAUAUAUUAUUUUAUUCAUAAAAAAAGAAACAUAAGAACAUGACAAAGAGAUAGAUUAAAAAAAAAAAAAAAAAAAAAAAAAAAUGCUAUUGUAUAGUUUUGUUUGAGCGCCCGAGAUGUACGGUUGUAUUGUUUGUAAAUACUGUAAAUAUCUGGUGCAAAAGAAGGAGCCGUGUGCAUGAAACCUUACGAUAACGACACAGAGCAUAAUCUAAAGAAAAAAAUAACGUAGUGGCUACGAUCUAAACAGAUUCAUUCGGUUUCGAUAUAAGAGCCUUUUAUUUGAAAUGUUCUUAUAAAGAGCAUCUAGUAAAGCAUGACUUUUAUUUAUUUAUUUAUUUAUUUAUUUUAUUUUUUUGUAAAAUCACGAUAAAACAUAGACUUAGCGGAGACCCGAGAAAAAUAAAUAAAUAAAUAAACCCUUCGGAUACGACCUGUUUCUAGAGUGACGAGAAGUUUGUACGCCCUCACAAAUCAUCUGGAUUUCUGUAUAGAAAUGGCUCCAGAAAUGUGACGUGAUCAUGUGACAAUAAAGGGAGUAUAAAUAAACACACGUGACGUUACACGUGUCCUCGUAGACGUGCCGUGUGCCGUGUCUCUUGGUGUUAAAGAGUCCGGGGCAGUAAUGAAAAAGGUGUAUGAACCUCUUUGGAGGUCUGAGGCUCCAGUUCAUUAUUCACACACACACACACACACACACACACACACACACACACACAGAGUUCUGUUUACCUGCUAUAAAAUGGAUGAAAGUCAGUACUCUUGGUACUAAAGAAAUUUAGGAACUAUGAAAGGAAUUCCAAACCAUUACAUCAUAAUUCUGAUCAGUAUUGUAAUAUCUCCCAUUCCAGUUGGAAUUCUGGCCACUAUCACCAGUUUCCACAGGAAUGCUGAUCAAUAUUGUUUAUUCCAGUGGGACUUCUGAUCAAUAUCUCCCAUUCCUGUAAGAAUUCUAACUGAUAUCACACCGUUCCCCAAUAGCAUCAUCCCCAUACUGUAGGUAUUCUGUUCAAUACCACUCAGGUCUGAAGGACCACUGUCCUAGGAAUCCAGAUGAAUACCUCCCAUUCUUGAAGAAAUUCCAAGCCAUGCUCU